AUGGCUGAGGAGGCUCCAAAUCAAGCACCACCUUCUCAAGAGUCCGUGGUGCAAGUGGAGGAAGUGGUGCUAACUGAUGUUCCUCAUCCUGCAGACAAAACAUCACCACCACCACCACCACCACCACCACCACCACCAACAAGUGUUCCUGUUGAGAGAGAUUCACCACCACAACCUGAGUCUGAGGCGCCGGAGAAGAAGCCCGUUGAGGAAACCGUCACUCUCGAGACUCAUCUCUCCAAACCCAAUAACGCUGAUGACAACAGCAAUGAUGACAAAAUCCCUGAAUUCAAGGAAGAAAGCACCAAACUUUCUGACCUCUCAGAAAACCAAAACAAGGCACUCCAAGACCUCAAGAAGCUCGUUCAAGAAGCUCUCAACAACCACGAGUUUUCCUCCAAAGAAGAAAAAAAGACACCACCACCAACGGCUUCAACUGCUGACAAGGAAGAGCAACAGCAGCAGCAGCAACAAGAAGAAGCUGUGACUGAAGCUAAAACUGAUGCUGCCCCAGAGAAAACUGAAGAAGAACAAGUUGAAACGAAGAAAGAGGAACAAGGCGAAAAAGAAGAAGAGAAGAAGGAGGAAGUGAAGGAAACGAAGGAAGAAGCUGUUGUGGAUGAUGAUGGAGCAAAAACUGUGGAGGCCAUCGAAGAGACCGUUGUUGCUGUCGCUUCUUCUGUUCAGCCUCAAGCUGAAGAGAAAGCUCCUGGAACGGAGGCCAAAGAGGAAGCUUCAACGCCACUUCCUCCUGAAGUAGUUUCCAUUUGGGGGGUGCCACUUCUUGCAGAUGAGAGAAGCGAUGUGAUUCUUUUGAAGUUUCUGCGCGCGAGAGAGUUCAAAGUGAAGGAGGCGUUCACCAUGCUGAAGAACACGAUCCGGUGGAGGAAGGAGUUUGGGAUGGAAGAGCUGAUGGAGGAGAAGCUGGGGGAUGAGUUGGAGAAGGUGGUGUUCAUGCAUGGCUUUGAUAAGGAGGGCCACCCCGUGUGUUACAACAUAUAUGGGGAGUUCCAGAACAAGGAGUUGUACAGGAAGACUUUUUCUGAUGAGGAGAAGAGGCAGAAGUUCCUCAGGUGGAGAAUUCAAUUCCUGGAAAAGAGUAUAAGGAAGUUGGAUUUCAACCCUGGUGGCAUUUGCACCAUUGUUCAAGUCAAUGAUCUCAAGAACUCUCCUGGACCUGCCAAGUGGGAACUAAGACAAGCCACCAAAAAUGCCCUACAAUUGCUUCAAGACAAUUACCCUGAAUUUGUAGCCAAACAGGUGUUCGUUAAUGUGCCAUGGUGGUACCUGGCAGUGAAUAGGAUGAUAAGCCCUUUUCUCACUCAAAGGACUAAGAGUAAGUUUGUCUUUGCUGGGCCUUCCAAAUCAACGGAAACCCUUUUGAGAUACAUAGCUCCGGAGCAGCUUCCGGUGAAGUACGGUGGAUUAAGCAAAGAUGGGGAGUUCGGAAACACAGAUGCUGUUACAGAAAUCACAGUGAGACCCGCAGCAAAGCAUACUGUGGAAUUUUCAGUUUCUGAGAACUGUUUACUCUCUUGGGAGCUGAGAGUAAUAGGGUGGGAAGUAAGCUAUGGUGCAGAAUUUGUGCCAGACUCAGAAGGAAGCUAUACAGUAAUUGUUCAGAAGGCUAGAAAGGUUGGCUCAUCAGAAGAACCAGUCCUUUGCAACAGUUUUAAGGUUGGUGAACCUGGAAAAGUUGUUCUCACGAUUGACAACACAAGCUCCAAGAAGAAGAAGCUAUUGUACCGCUUGAAGACCAAACCUUCCCCCUCAGACUAG